AUGGAAUGUGGCAUCACCAUCACAGGAGACACAAGUAGUGGCAAAACCAGUCUAGUCAAUAAGCUAGUUGGACAGAGGCUGAUGACUCCAAAGAUAUUGCGAGCAACGUCCAAAAUAUGUAGGAUCCGGAAUUCAGAAACGUAUGCAAUCGAAGUUCUGGAUGUAGAUGGGAAGGUUUUGGAAGAGAGAACUGCCUUUACCGACCACAGAAAGAUGAAUAAGAAGUUGGAUAAGUAUACGUGUACGAGGGAAGACAAUGCCAGAAUGUACUAUAUCGAUAUAUACUCUCCACUCGGAAACUUGGAUGUCAAGGGAAAUGUGAUGCUUGUAGAUACACCUGGCAUUAGUGGAGCAAAAGGAACGAAUUCAGUGCUGAUGGAGUUUCUUCCUAAUGCUGUUGGUUUCAUUUUUGUUAUUGAUGUGUCCAGGGCCGGUGGUGUGGAGGAAGAUAGGCUCCUUGAAAUUUUGGGAAGCAUUGUUAAAACCAGGUACAUGAUGCCGUGUUUUGAGCCAGAUGAUGUUCUCUUUGUCAUAAAUAAAUGGAAUCUGCUUCAAUAUUCUGCAAAAUCAGAAGAAACAUCUGAUACAGCAUCUGACGAUUCUGACGACGAAGAAGACGAAGAAGAACCCAUCAACGAGGAAGAGGAAAUCUGGAAUACAAUUGUAAACAAAAUAAAGGCGGUGUGGCCCACACUUACAGAGGAUCAAAUUUUCAGACUCAAUCUUUGCUAUGUAAGAACUUAUAAUGCAAACCCAAAUCCUGGCAAAGUGCUAGAUUGA